CCCCGUGCCCCCGGAAGGAAGGCGGCCCGCCACGCGUGCGACGCUAGCCAUGGCGGCGCCUUCGCGGCUCCUGAUACGCGGGGGGCGCGUGGUCAACGACGACUCCUCGCAGGUGGCCGACGUGCUGGUGGAGGACGGCGUGGUGCGGGCGCUGGGGCGCGACCUGCUGCCGCCCGGGGACGCGCCGGCCGGGCUGCGGGUCCUAGACGCCGCCGGCAAGCUGGUCUUGCCCGGCGGCAUCGACACGCACACGCACAUGCAGUUCCCCUUCAUGGGCUCGCGGUCCGUGGACGACUUCUACCAGGGCACCAAGGCUGCCCUGGCAGGCGGCACCACCAUGAUCAUUGAUUUUGCCAUUCCUCACAAAGGCCACUCCCUCAUCGAGGCCUUCGAGACCUGGCGAAGCUGGGCUGAUCCCAAAGUCUGCUGUGACUACAGCCUUCAUGUGGCGGUGACAUGGUGGAGCGAGCAGGUUAAAGAAGAAAUGAAAAUCCUUACCCAAGAUAAAGGUGUGAACUCCUUCAAGACGUUUAUGGCCUAUAGAGAUCUGUACAUGCUGAGAGAUGUGGAGCUGUACAAGGUCUUCUCCUGGUGCAAGGAAAUUGGAGCCAUUGCUGAAGUUCAUGCAGAAAAUGGAGACCUAAUUGCAGAGGGAGCAAAGAAGAUGUUGGCUUUGGGGAUAACGGGUCCUGAGGGCCAUGAGCUGGGCCGCCCAGAAGCGGUGGAGGCGGAAGCCACGCUGAGAGCCAUCACCAUAGCCGGCGCCGUGAACUGCCCUCUGUGCGUUGUGCACGUGAUGAGCAAGUCCGCAGCAAGGGUGAUAGCAGAUGCCAGGAGGGAUGGGAAGGUGGUCUAUGGAGAAGCCAUCGCAGCAGGUCUCGGCACAGAUGGCACUCACUACUGGAAUAGAGAAUGGCCCCAUGCCGCCCAUCACGUUAUGGGUCCACCCCUACGACCAGACCCUUCAACGCCUGACUUCCUCAUGAAUCUAUUGGCUAAUGGUGAUCUAACCAUAACAGGGUCUGACCACUGCACUUUCAACACCUGCCAGAAAGCUCUUGGAAAGGACGAUUUUACUAAGAUUCCCAAUGGAGUGAAUGGUGUUGAGGACCGGAUGUUAGUAAUAUGGGAAAAAGGCGUGCACAGUGGCAAAAUGGAUGAAAACUGGUUUGUGGCAGUUACCAGCACAAAUGCAGCUAAAAUCUUUAAUCUGUAUCCAAGAAAAGGAAAAAUAGCUGUGGGCUCAGAUGCUGACAUUGUGAUUUGGGACCCAAAAGCCACAAGGACCAUUUCGGCAAAAACUCAUCAUCAGGCUGUUAACUUCAACAUCUUCGAGGGCAUGGUGUGCCAUGGGGUGCCCCUGGUGACUAUUUCAAGAGGCAAAGUGGUGUAUGAAGCUGGAGUUUUCAAUGUCACAGCAGGAGACGGGAAGUUUAUUCCUCGUAAACCAUUUGCUGAAUAUAUUUACAAACGGAUCAAGCAGCAGGACCAGAUCACAGAAGCUGCAUCAAAGGACUGGCUGCUGACUAAUCCUGUUGAGACGCCUUUCUCUGAGUUGCAUAAAUGUCAUCUACACGAGCUAGAGAACAUUUGAGAAGGAGAAAAAAACCCUGUUAAGACUCCUGCACAUAGGGCAUUCUUAAAAAUAGUCUUCUGAGUGGUAUCAAGGUGUUCUGGGCCACAGCUUUCUGGAACUUAUCUAGGAUUUCAUGGCUGAAUGGUGCAGAUAUUCAAAGAGAAAUCAUUCAUUUAUUAAAGAUGAAUUAAUGAUCCAUGACUUUUUUGGACUCCAAAGUACAGUGAUGACAGUUUUUCAGUAGAUCACCUGGAGAAUUACGCUGAUUUUUUCAGCAAAACUAUUAUCUAGUUGUAUAAAUAUCCCUGCACCAGGAACAGGCAUUUUAUUGGAGAAAAGGAAUCAGGAAUGAAAGCAAAGGGUUGUCAAUGCAUUAUGGACGAGAACCACAUCAUGACAAUGGCAGGCCUUGGACGUCAGCAGAGAGCUCAGCCAUCAUGGCCUUCUCACUUUACUGAGGGGGGAGACGGAGCUGUUACAGGUGGUGUGGAGGCCCUGCCCCUCCCCCCCGCCCCCCCCCAAGGCCUCACCACUUCUGUGCGUUCCCACUGUCCAGUGGCCAGACUCUGAAAUCUCUUUGCCUGGGGGCUUUUUUCAUAACUGAGGAAAGCCAGAUGUGCCAGGGAAUAAAUACCACCGAGAAGCAGCAGCGGCCCACAAUCAGGGACUGGUAGGACUUGGUGUCUAAAUACCCCAGGCCCUCACCCCUCAGUGGGGCGUGAGCUCUACAAGCUGCUAACACAGAGAGAGUAGGCUGCAGGCUUUAGCAGG